AUGGCUCCAAAUUCAGUUUCCGUGGCACUUGGCUCUUUAACAAAAAGUUUCAAAAGAACCAGCAAGGAUCUAUUAAAAGCAUUCUCAUUAGCAAGUCAUAGCGACAAAGAUGAUAACGAUAAUGAUAAUAAUCAACAAACAGUUAUUACUACCACUAAAAACGAUGAUGACAAUAAUGCCAAUCAGGCUACCACCGUCACCACCACUAAUAUCAUUAACAUUAACAAUUCUACCAAUACUAAUGCUAUUGCUUAUGUUGUUAAUAAUUGUGAUCAGAAUGCCUGUAUUGACGAUUAUUUUCUAAAAUUAUGGGCAGAUUGGACUAUUUCAUGCUCAAACAAUAAAAUAGUUAUACCGGAACCUCCAGAAGACAUAUUAAAAACAAACAAAUAUAUAAUUAAUAAUCAUGGAUGGUGGCCAAUAAAUUAUAUUUCUGUCGAAUGGUGUCCUGAAGAAAAUCAAAUACACACCAUAAUUCCACCAAGAACUAAAACUUCUUCUUUAUCACAAGAAAAUUAUGCUGUUAUAACUCAUAGAAUAUUGGCCUUAAGAUUAAAAUCAAGAAAUGGCAACUCGUAUAAAGGCGGCUCUGCUUUCAAAUUUCGAAGAAAUUCUAAUCUUCGCCUUCCUUAUGAUAUUUUUGUUAAUGAUUUUGAACAAUACGUUGAAAACGCUCUAAUGAAAAAUCCCUGGAAAGAUGGAACUACUUAUCCAAAUAAAGGAGAUUUAAAAGAUAUUAAAAUUGCUCACAUCAACAGAAGAGAUCAACGACAAGCAUGCUAUGUUUUAUCAAACGAUGAAAACCAAGUUGAUAAUUUUAAAUUUUUUGAUGAUGACAAUGAUACAGAAAGUUCAAAUUCUUUGAUAUUAUAUGAAAAUUUCUUUUCUCAACUAGAAAAAUAA